UUCGUGUACACUAUACUUUUGGACCUCCCUGUAUUAUACAUGGGAAAUACUGGAUGAGUAACGAGAUGUGUUCGGAUGAAGAGCGCGCGAUGACGGGGAGCUCCGGUAACGGAAAGUUGCGUCAGUGGCUGAUCGAGCAGGUGGACACCGGAAAAUACCCUGGACUCGUGUGGGAGAACGAUGAGAAGAGCAUCUUUCGGAUUCCGUGGAAGCACGCGGGCAAGCAGGACUACAACAGGGAGGAGGAUGCUGCGCUCUUCAAGGCUUGGGCACUAUUCAAAGGCAAGUUCCGGGAGGGGAUCGACAAACCUGACCCCCCAACUUGGAAAACGCGUCUCCGGUGUGCUCUUAACAAGAGCAAUGACUUUGAGGAGCUUGUGGAGCGCAGUCAACUAGACAUAUCGGACCCCUAUAAAGUGUAUAGGAUUGUUCCGGAAGGAUCCAAAAAAGGUUCCAGAUCUCUUGAUGAUUCACAGUCCAAUUCAAACUCACCCAGUUAUCCAAUGCAUCCACCUUUUGCACCAGCACCUUCUCAGGUGUGCAACUACAUUUCUCCAGCAGAGAGAGGAUGGAGGGAUUACACCACCCUGUCCGAGAUCCCUUACAGCCAGAGCCCCUAUACUCCACGCUGGGACCCCGGGUACCAGUUCAGUGGCUCUUUCUUCAGUUGCAAUGCAUCUGAUCCACAGCCGUCACCCUUCACCCUGGACACCAGCAUGAGAUCCGCUGAGGCUCUGGCCCUCUCAGAUUACCGCUUGAAUGUGGUGGUGUUUUACCGAGAUGCCCUGGUGCGAGAGGUAACAGUUAAUAGUCCAGAGGGCUGUCAGCUGGGACCUAGCAGAGAGGGACAGGCCUUCGCUUCACCCGGGGCCCCAGAACUGGUUGAACUCCCUCAUGCUGACAGGGCUUCUCUGGAGCGUGGCGUUAUACUCUGGAUGGCCCCUGACGGGCUCUACGCCCGCCGCCGCUGCCCCUGCAGGGUGUACUGGGAGGGAGCACACGCACCACCUACUGACAAACCCAACAAGCUGGAGAGAGAGCAGAACUGCAAACUGCUGGACACUCAUCUGUUCAUAACAGAGUUGCAGAGUUACGCCCUGCACGCUCGUCCAGCGCCAUGUUCCCAAGUGGUGCUAUUUUUUGAGGAUGAGAGUUCUGAUGCUCAAAGGCCAAGAAGGACCUUCACAGUGCAGGUUGAGCCACUGUUUGCACGCCAGCUUCUCUACCUCAGUCACCCAGGCAGCAUGAACUACAUCCGCAGCCAUGAGUUUCACACCUUCCUUCUGAACACCAUCUCCCCGACCCAAGAGUACCACAGAGUCAUUACGCAUCACCAUAACAACGGCUCUCGAAAUUGACCCUGGCGGCUUGUCACUCUGUGCUUAACCCUGGAUUAAAGUCUUGUUUAACCUUGGAUACUAGGAUAGUUCACCCAAAAAUAAAGAUUCUGAUAUAAUAUACUCACUCUCAUGUUGUUCCAAACCUGUAUGACUUUCUUUCUUCUGUGGAACACCAAAGAUGAUAAUUUGAAGAACACUGGGAACCAAACAACAUUGGAGCCCAUUGACUUCCAUUGAAUGGACAAGGAAACAAUUCUCAAAUGAUCUGCUUUCAUGUUCUACAGAAGAAAUUCAUACAAGUUUACAAUAGCAUGAGGGUGAGUGAAUAAUGACAGAAUUGAUAUUUCUGAGUGAACUAUCCCUUCAAGCUAUUUUCACACUUGUAAUUAUGAAAGGAGGUUAGAGCCACUCUUAACCCAGGGUUACGACGUUCUGCUUAUAAACAGAUGAUGGACAAGAAGCUAUUAGUACAUGCUUGCAUGCUCACCAAGUACCAUACUUGUCCAAUCAAUCAAUGUGCAUACAAGAAUGUUAACCCAGGGUUUAAAUCUGCAGCGUAAAAUCUCGAAACUUGACAAGCCAGGACUAAUUACUAACCCAGGAUGAAGUUUGAACAGUGUGAAGCAUGGAAGAAUAUAACCUAGGAGUCUUAAUCCCUGUAAAAAUCCCACAAGUUUUGUAAGCUAAAGUUUAAGGCAAAUGUUGGAAUUCUGCGGUGCACCUGAAGCUUCGGGACACUAGAACUGAGCAGAACCCACCAGAAUAAUCUAUAGUGCUAACAGACAGCAUCAGACGCAGACUGUUGUCACGUGCCAUGAUUAAUACUGAGAAAGACGCGUACAACUCACAAGGAUAAAUGAUUGUAUCAUGUCGGUAUACCGUCAAAUAUGUGGGCUGUUUGCUGAUAUGACAGAAAAGAAUGUAAAGUGUGAAUAUUAGCUGUGAUUGUUGAUUGUUUCGUGCUACAUUUGUUUGAGCUGCGAUGUACCUGUAUUUACAAGCUAAAAGCCAAAGAAUUACAAUGUAUAUAGGCUAUGCCUUUAGAAAAAAAGUAUGAAAACCUUUCAGUUUACAAAUGGCAGUUCUUUUAUAAACCUUUUUCUGUACAAUUCUGACAAAAUUUUCUACUUUUUAUUCCACUACUUCUGCUUUUUUAUGUCACUGAGAUGCCCAGAAUGCCUCAAAAUUUAUGUCGCCUUUGGUUUUAAUAAAAAAAAAGAAAAAAAAGUGAAAAA